UUGUUUUGUGAAUCAAAUGACAUCUGCAUGCUCUCGUUUAGAUUGUCCGUGCUGAGUUGCCGUACUGCGGCUCUGUAGCUGCCGCUGUUCGCCCGUUUCCUCAUCGCUGGAUCUCCCUCGCUGGAUGUAUGGGUAAACAUGUCUGUAAUGGGAGGCGGUACGAGAGGAUUUUACUUCAACACAGUCCUGUCGCUUGCCCGUUCUUUGGCUGCCCAACGUCCUGCACCGGUUGAAAAGGUCCAGAAGCUACAAUGCAUGUGUCCUGUGGAAGUCCGUGGUGUGUUCACUCUAGAUGUGCGUCGCAGAGAUGCUGUUAUUGCGUUGGCUGUGUUUCUGGUGGAAUCUGGCUUACAGCACAAAGACAUACUUGUUUCCUACUUGCUGAGCCUACUGAGAGGGCUACCACGGGUCCAAUGGAUCGAAGAGAGCUCGGGAAAGAAAGGAAAGGAAUUUCUGCCGGUUGCAGAAAACUUCAGCUUCUGUCUAGUGACUCUUUUGGCAGAUGUGGCUCAGAGGGACCCAGAGUCUCGACAAGAGAUCCUGAACACUUUAAUGGAGGUCAUGCAGUCAUUGCAGGACAUGUGCCAAACACCUGAUAACCACGACCAAGUCUAUUUGUGCAGAUAUAUUGUCCCAGGCCUGCUCGGCAUGACUCGGGCAUUUGGCCGCUACAGCUACACAGAAGAAUCCUUGUUGUCCAAGCUGUUCCCCAAAGAUUCGCCUCAGGCCCCCUGCGUCGCAGAGGAAACUGAGGGAGUGCGGCGCAGAUCCUUCAAUGAUUUUCGCUCUAUCAUGCCAUCCUCACUGCUUACGGUGUACCAGAAUGACACUUUGCGCAGAUGCACAGGGACCACCCUCGAUCCGUCAGCACUGGCCUGUAAAGAUUCAGGAGGCCACUCACCCUGCUCUCCUACAACCCCUGGCCCCCAUUACUUUGAAGGUGCUUACCUCCCAGAAAGCAGCACAGUAGAUCCUGACGUCUAUUUCUCAACAGUAAGCUCCAGUUUCUCAGUGUCUCCUCUCUACAUGGGAGCUGAAAGUGAGGUGGAGGUGCCCAUUGAACUGCUCCGACAGCUCCUGGCAAUGGUGAAGAAGUUUGUUUCUGACUCGUUUUUGAAUGCUCUCAACGACACUAUGGCUGAAGUUACAGAGUCUAAUCCUGGAAUCAACCUCUAUUACAAAACCUUCAGUGACACUCUCUAUGUGUGCGUGUUCAAAAUGCUGCGGGACACACUAUACUACAUGAAAGACCUGCAGCCAGCAUUCGUACGGCAGGUGCAUGACUUUGUACUGGAACAGUUCAGCAGCAGUCAGUCGGAGCUGCAGCGGGUGCUCCAUGAUGCGGUCGGCGUGACGGUGGAACAGAGCCCCCUCAAGCUCCGUUGCCAAGCCAACGCUGCCUGCGUAGACCUCAUGGUGUGGGCAGUCAAAGAUGAGCAAGGCGCUGAGAAUCUGUGCACCAAACUAUCAGAGAAGCUGCAGUCGAAAACAUCCAGUAAAGUCAUCAUCGCUCACAUGCCACUGCUCAUCUGUUGCCUACAGGGUCUGGGUCGUCUGUGUGAGAGGUUUCCAGUAGUUGCUCACUCUGCCACAACCACUCUCAGGGAUUUCCUGGUGGUUCCAUCCCCUGUUCUUAUAAAGCUCUAUAAGUAUCACAGUCAGUACAACACGGCCACAGGAGAUAUCAGGAUAAAUGUGACCAAUGAGCACUUUCAGUCUACCUUCAACCUGCUGUCAAACAGGAAAGAUCAGCCGUCAAUGUACGAGCAGCUCAGAGACAUUUCCAUUGACAACAUAUGCAGAUGUCUGAAAGCUGGCCUGACCAUGGAUAAUGUGAUAGUGGAGGCUUUUCUGGCUAGUUUGUCUAACCGACUGUACAUCUCACAGGAGAACGACAAGGAUGCCCAUUUGAUCCCAGAUCACACUAUUCGAGCACUGGGUCACAUUGCAGUGGCUCUGAGAGACACUCCUAAAGUCAUGGAGCACAUCCUACAAAUCCUUCAACAGAAGUUAUGCCAGCCUCCAUCCCAGCUGGAUGUACUCAUCAUCGACCAGCUGGGCUGCAUGGUCAUUACAGGAAAUCAAUACAUCUACCAGGAGGGGUGGAACCUGUUCCAGCAGAUCAGUGUGAAGGCCAGCUCAGUGGUCUACUCCUCUACCAAAGACUACAGAGACCACGGCUACAGGCACUGCUCUCUGGCAGUGAUAAAUGCUCUGGCCAACAUCGCAGCCAACCUGCAGGGGGAGCAACUGGUGGAUGAGCUGAUGGUGAACCUUUUAGAGCUGUUUGUUCAACUAGGCCUGGAAGGAAAGAGAGCCAGUGAGAGGGCCUCAGACAAGGGGCCAGCGCUGAAAGCAUCAAGUAGUGCUGGAAAUCUGGGAGUCCUCAUUCCAGUGAUUGCUGUGUUGACCAGACGACUUCCACCAAUCAAAGAGGCCAAGCCCAGGCUCCAGAAGCUCUUCAGGGACUUCUGGUUGUACUCGGUGGUCAUGGGUUUUGCUGUGGAAGGAUCAGGGCUUUGGCCAGAGGAGUGGUAUGAAGGUGUGUGUGAGAUUGCCACCACAUCUCCUCUUCUCACCUUCCCCAGUGGAGAACCCCUUCGCUCCGAACUGCAAUACAACUCUGCCCUGAAGAAUGAUACAGUCACGCCGGCUGAGUUGAGCGAACUGCGAUCGACCAUCAGCAAUCUUCUCGACCCGUCUCCUGAAGUCUCUGCCCUCAUUAACAAGCUAGACUUUGCCAUGUCCACAUACCUGUUGUCAGUCUACAGACUAGAAUACAUGAGGAUGUUGCGAUCCAAUGAUCCUGACAGGUUCCAGGUCAUGUUUCGAUACUUUGAAGACAAGGCCAUCCAGAAAGACAAAUCUGGCAUGAUGCAGUGCAUCAUUUGUGUUGGCGAUAAGGUGUUUGAUGUCUUUCUCCUGAUGAUGGCUGAGAAGCCCAAGACCAAAGGGCAUGAGGAGGAAUUGGAGCGACAUGCCCAAUUCUUAUUGAUCAACUUCAACCACACCCACAAGAGGAUCCGCAGAGUCGCGGACAAAUACCUUUCUGGUUUGGCUGAGACAUUCCCCCAUCUGCUUUGGAGUGGUCGUGUGUUGAAGACCAUGUUGGACAUCUUGCAGACUCUCUCGCUGUCACUAAGUGCUGAUAUCCACAAGGAUCCGCCUUACUAUGACAUCCCAGACACUCCGUACAGGAUCACUGUUCCUGACACCUACGAGGCCCGAGAGAGCAUAGUGAAGGACUUUGCUGCCCGCUGUGGUGAGAUCCUGAAAGAGGCAAUGAAAUGGGCCCCUUCAGUCACCAAGUCCCACCUACAGGAAUACUUGAACAAGCAUCAGAAUUGGGUGUCAGGACUGUCCCAGCACACCGGCCUGGCCAUGGCCACGGAGAGCAUCCUUCACUUCGCAGGCUACAACAGACAGAGUACCACACUGGGCGCUGCUUUCCCUCAGACCACCCAGCUGACAGAGAGACCAGCAUGUGUGAAGAAGGACUACUCCAACUUCAUGGCGUCCCUCAACCUGCGCAACCGCUACACAGGAGAGGUGGCUGGUAUGAUCCAGUUCUCAGAGGCCACUCACAGCCAGUCAGACCUCAACAAGCUGAUAAUCCUUCAGAUGACCAGUGCUCUGGACAGGAAAGACCCAGAGGCUUUCACCCAGUCCAUGUUCAAGAUGGCCGCUCUGCUCAUUACUACCAAGAACUGCAACCCUCAGCUCCUGCACCAUCUGUGUUGGUCCCCUCUGAAGAUGUUUACCGAGCACGGCAUGGAAACUGCUAUCGCCUGCUGGGAAUGGCUCCUGGCUGCACACAAUGGGGUGGAAGUGCCAUUCAUGCGUGAGAUGGCCGGAGCUUGGCAAAUGUCCGUAGAGUUGAAGAUGGGUUUGUUUUCGGUGGCUAAGGUAGAGGCCGGCCCUCUGGCUGUAUCAGAGGAGAGUCAACCUGCCCCCUGUGAACCUGACAUCAUCCCUCACUUCCUCUGGAUUGAGUUUCUGGUGCAGAGGUUUGAGAUAGCCAAGUACAGCAGUGCUGACCAGGUGGAGAUUUUCACCGCCAUUUUGCAGAGAUCUCUGAGUCUGAGCGUCGGAGGACCCAAAAGCAGUCUGAACCGACAUGUUGCUGCCAUUGGACCAAGAUUCAGACUGCUGACUCUGGGUCUGACUCUUCUUCAUGCUGAUGUUGUGACAAAUGCCACCAUCAGAAAUGUUCUUCGAGAGAAGAUCUAUUCUACGGCUUUUGACUACUUCAGCGUCACUCCCAAAUUUCCCACCCAGACGGAUAAGAGGCUGAGAGAAGACAUCAGUAUAAUGAUCAAGUUCUACGCCAGCAUGCAGUCUGACAAGAAAUAUCUGGCGGCCAACCAGCUGGUUCCCCAAGAUCCCCAAGACAUGUCUGUGAACAGCCUGUCGGUGGUGGCAGGGGCCGAUAGCCGGAGCAAUCUGGAUGCAGCUAUGGGCCAGAGGCAGCAGGUGGCUCAGGGAUGGAUCAAUACCUACCCUCUGUCCUCCGGGAUGUCCACCAUAUCCAAGAAAUCCGGACUGUCCAAAAAAAGCAGCAGAGGAAUCCAGCUGCAUAAGUACUACAUGAAACGCCGGACCCUGUUAUUGGCUUUACUGGCCAGCGAGAUUGAACGCCUGACAAUAUGGUACAACCCGUUAUCCACUCCGGAGCUUGCCAUUGCCACUGAACAGUCGGUGGAGACCAGCAUUAAUAAUUGGAGGUCCAAAUACAUCAGUCUGACGGAGAAACAGUGGAAGGACAACAUUAACCUGGCCUGGAGCAUAGCCCCGUACCUCGCCCUGCAGCUGCCUGCCAGGUUUAAAAACACGGAGGCGAUUGUCUCUGAGGUGACUCGCCUUGUGCGAAUGGAUCCGGCUGCUGUGUGUGAUGUUCCUGAAGCAAUCAAGUUCCUGGUGACGUGGCACACGAUUGAUGCUGAUUCCCCAGAGCUGAGUCAUAUCCUGUGCUGGGCCCCCGCAGACCCCCCAACUGGACUGUCCUAUUUCUCCUCCAUGUACCCUCCUCACCCUCUGACCGCCCAGUACGGGGUCAAAGUUCUCCGCUCCUUUCCUCCUGAUGCCAUAUUGUUUUACAUUCCUCAAAUUGUCCAAGCUCUUCGUUACGACAAGAUGGGUUAUGUGCGAGAGUACAUCCUGUGGGCCGCUCAGAAGUCGCAGCUUCUCGCCCACCAGUUUAUCUGGAAUAUGAAGACCAACAUAUUCCUGGACGAUGAAGGAAACCAGAAAGACCCUGACAUAGGCGAGCUCCUGGAGCAGAUGGUGGAAGAGAUCACAGGCUCUCUGUCUGGCCCAGCCAAAGACUUCUACCAGAGAGAGUUUGACUUCUUCAACAAGAUCAUCAAUGUGUCAGCCAUUAUCAAACCUUUCCCCAAAGGCGAGGAGAGGAAGAAGGCCUGCCUGGAAUCCAUGGCCCAGAUCCAAGUCCAACCUGGCUGUUAUCUUCCCAGUAACCCAGAGGCCAUCGUUCUGGAUAUAGACUACAAUUCUGGGACCCCCAUGCAGAGUGCUGCCAAAGCUCCUUACCUGGCCAAGUUCAAAGUUAGGAGGUGUGGAGUCAGUGAGCUGGAAAAAGAAGGCAUGCAGUGUCGCUCAGAUUCAGUAGAUGAAGCCAAGAGUGAAGAGGAGGCCAAGAGAAUAAGCUGGCAGGCGGCCAUCUUUAAAGUGGGAGACGACUGCAGACAGGACAUGCUGGCUCUUCAGAUCAUCAGCCUGUUCAAGAACAUCUUCCAGCUGGUGGGCCUGGAUCUCUAUGUGUUUCCUUAUAGGGUCGUGGCCACAGCCCCUGGAUGCGGAGUGAUCGAGUGCAUCCCGGACUGCAAGUCACGUGACCAGCUGGGCCGACAGACAGACUUUGGCAUGUACGACUACUUCAGGAACCAGUAUGGAGACGAAUCCACACUGGCGUUCCAGAAGGCACGGUACAACUUCAUCCGCAGCAUGGCAGCUUACAGCUUGCUGCUCUUCCUGCUGCAGAUAAAAGACAGACACAACGGCAACAUCAUGCUGGACAGCCAGGGCCACCUGAUCCACAUCGACUUUGGGUUCAUUUUUGAGAGCUCUCCUGGUGGGAACCUCGGCUGGGAGCCAGAUAUCAAACUGACCGAUGAGAUGGUGAUGAUCAUGGGAGGGAAGAUGGAGGCGACACCAUUCAAAUGGUUCAUGGAGAUGUGUGUGAGGGGAUAUUUGGCCGUCAGGCCCUACAUGGAUGGAGUGGUCUCCUUAGUAACACUAAUGCUGGACACCGGCCUUCCCUGCUUCAGAGGGCAAACCAUCAAAUUGCUCAAGCAGCGAUUCAACCCUGGCAUGAGUGAGAAAGACGCAGCUUCCUUCAUCAUCAAAGUCAUCCAGAAUUGCUUCCUUAGCAACAGGAGUAGAACCUACGAUAUGCUCCAGUAUUACCAAAACCAGAUCCCAUACUAAGCGUCUGUGCCUCAGCAUGUGCAUAUACUGGCUGGUACAUGGUGUGCGUGUAUUUGCGUAUGUGCCUUUGUUAAUGUUUUCGACACUGAAGGCUGUGGCUCAUUGUUUCUGCUGUUUGUGGGAUGUUCUCCUUUGUGUUUGCUUCUUGUUUCUUCUCAAAACUUUAUUUUUCUUUAUAUAGGUUCUAUUUAUUAUGUUACGUUGAAAUGUUGUUAUUCAUUUUUAUUAUAUUAUUGCACUAGCAUCUUGACUUCUGUGCUCUUGCUAUUCUGCACAUUCAGUAAAUACGUAACCAGAGUUUGUGCCAAUUCUAAAUCACUUUAAAUGUUGUGAAUGUGGAUUCUUAAAGCUGUUGGUUUUAGAUGGGGUUUGAAAUGUAAUUGGAUACUUGAAGUAGCUGAAGUAGACCGGUUUCAGUUCCGACCAAUGUGGCCUAUUCUUUCAUCUCGUACUGACUGUACUACUGUGCUUCUCUUUUUAAUGGACCAGUCCCAGUUCUUUGAUCUGUAGCAUGGUACUUGUCUUGUAUUUACCAGUGACGACUGUAUAUAUGGAGUUACACAUGUCUUUAUUUUUAGGGUUCUGUAUUUGCAGUUCAGGAGAAAUUAUGCUGAAGAGUUGGGGGAAAUGCUCCGGCUGAGUUUUGUAUAUUUAGCCUUGCCAAAGGGGGAGAGAAUAUAAUGCACAUUUUUUGUGUAUGAAGGUCAAAUACAGCUUGAAUGUUGGGCAGUUGCAUGAAGUUAAGCGUCAACGACCAUGUAGCCUGUGUCCAAUGUGGCUCUGGUGAAAGUUUCCUUCGUAAUCCAAAGUGCUGUGCCCCAUGUCCAUAUGAACGCUUAAGCCUUUCUGUAAUGUUACUGACUGUAAAGAUUUUGCCUCUUUGUAUAUUUAUAUUCAUGGCCCAUUUUAUGUCUCCUUUUCUAUCUUCAUGCCUUUUUGAAUGAUACUGCAUAAGAUAUGAAAUUAAUUAAAGAUCUAUUACCUUUAA